GCUCUCUUCCUUAGUUCCUAUCCUUUCGUAACUGUGUCUUCCCUUAAUAUUCCCGCGUACGCACUCGAACUCCGUUUACAAUUUUUCUUCAGUUGUGGUUCUUCACACUGAAGCGUCAGAUCAAUUCGAUUCGAUUGAAUCCUAUGCAGGAUAGACUUCGGGAAAUUGAGGGCACUCUCGCCCGCACAAAGGAGAGGAAAAACACAAUUCUAUACAAGCUAUCCAAGCGAAAACAGGAGGAGGAACGACUGGCUCUUCUGGGUGUUCAGAAACUUCCCACAAAUCCCCACGAAGUGGACGAUGUAAAAGUUGUCAAGUACGUUCUCUUUCGGCUAAAGCAAGAAAUUGGAGACAAAACUGCUCAAUUGCGAGAUCCUAAACUUCACAGUAUUGAUAAGGACGGAGAAGCUGUGAUUCGUGCUAAAAACGACGAAGUCAACAAAUUGGUUUCGCGCCGAAACCAAUGGGAGGCACGUCUGGCAACUCUCACCGGAGUCCCGGUUCCGCCGUUUGCAAGGCGUAAAAAUUUUUUUGGCUGCGCAAAAGAAUUACCGGAAGCAGAGGCGUCACGUAAGCGUUCGCGAGAUGCACAAGAAUCCGCUGCGAAAGACAGUUCAAUGUUGUCCAGCUCAAGUGAAGAUGAGGAUGAGGACGUGCUCCAAGCGCAACACCAAGAGGAAGACGUUGCAACCCAGGAUGCAAACUAUUUAGACCGAGCAAAUUGGCUCGGGUCUACUCUCGCAGACAACGAGCUUGUCCGUGAAGAGAAAGAAGCAGAAGCGAGGAUGCGCGAAAGGCUUGACUUAAGUUGCGGCCCAACGGGGUCUUCGGCAUUUGUGAGAUCAUAUCUCAAAGCCGGCAAAGUCGUCCUGCCCAGCGAAGAGCAUUUCAAAGGUCUGUUAAUCAACAAACGAAAAGAAAUGCUUCAGGCUCGUUUAACAGCUCUGAGAAAAAGCUAG